CGGCCAUGCGUUUAGAUUCUUUGUUUAUUCAAGCUUGUCCCUCAAAUAUCAAAAGAGCUGGGAAACUGAAUAUCCCACUUGCUACCAGACUCAGAAUGUCAACGACCAACUCAAUAUAAAUACCCACUUCUACCCAACACAAACACUAAGUUCUAAUUCUGCACUUCUCUUACUCUACUCGAUCUUCUCACUCCAAAACUACUUUGAUCUUCAGGCAAGAGAGAAAAAUGGGUGAUAUUGAGGGAUCCCCAGGAAGCUCCAUGCAUGGAGUGACAGGCAGGGAACAGACCUUUGCCUUCUCAGUAGCUUCACCAAUAGUCCCUACUGAUACAACUGCGAAAUUCGAUUUGCCUGUUGAUUCUGAACACAAGGCAAAAGUGUUCAAGCUUUUCUCAUUUGCUAAUCCCCACAUGAGGACUUUUCACCUUUCUUGGAUAUCUUUCUUCACUUGCUUUGUUUCCACCUUUGCUGCAGCCCCACUUGUUCCCAUCAUUAGGGAAAACCUCAAUUUGACCAAACAAGACAUUGGUAAUGCUGGGGUUGCUUCUGUUUCUGGGAGCAUAUUCUCUAGGCUUGUAAUGGGUGCAGUCUGUGACCUAUUGGGGCCCAGAUAUGGAUGUGCUUUCCUCGUCAUGCUUUCUGCCCCUACCGUCUUCUGUAUGUCGUUUAUAUCGUCUGCAGGAGGAUAUAUAACAGUCCGAUUCAUGAUUGGAUUCUCCCUCGCGACGUUCGUGUCAUGCCAGUACUGGAUGAGCACAAUGUUCAACAGCAAGAUCAUUGGCCUUGUUAAUGGAACAGCAGCAGGUUGGGGAAACAUGGGUGGAGGAGCAACACAACUCAUAAUGCCUUUAGUUUAUGAGUUGAUUAAAAGAUGUGGUUCAACUCCAUUUACGGCCUGGAGGAUUGCGUUUUUUGUUCCUGGGUGGCUCCAUGUUAUUAUGGGUAUCCUGGUCUUGACCCUUGGCCAAGACUUGCCUGAUGGAAAUCUCAGUGCACUUCAAAAGAAGGGAGAGAUUGCCAAAGACAAAUUCUCUAAGGUUCUGUGGAAUGCAGUCACAAACUACAGAACAUGGAUCUUUGUCCUUCUCUAUGGCUACUCCAUGGGAGUUGAAUUGUCCACAGAUAAUGUCGUAGCCGAGUAUUUCUACGACAGGUUCGACCUCAAGCUUCACACUGCUGGAACAAUUGCUGCUACAUUUGGAAUGGCUAACCUGGUUGCUCGUCCUUUUGGCGGAUUUGCAUCUGAUUAUGCAGGCAGAUACUUUGGCAUGAGGGGCAGGUUAUGGGUGCUUUGGAUUCUCCAAACACUUGGAGGAGUAUUCUGUAUCUGGCUCGGGCGUGCCAGUACUCUUCCAAUAGCCAUUUUGGCAAUGAUUCUCUUCUCAAUCGGAGCUCAAGCUGCCUGUGGUGCAACUUUUGGAAUCAUCCCCUUCGUAUCACGGAGAUCUUUAGGCAUCAUAUCAGGCUUGACUGGUGCAGGUGGAAACUUUGGAUCAGGCCUUACCCAGUUAGUGUUCUUUUCAACUUCAAGAUUCUCCACUGGAGCUGGUCUGUCCUGGAUGGGAGCCAUGAUUGUUGCUUGUACCCUUCCUGUGACACUGGUUCACUUUCCACAGUGGGGGAGCAUGUUCCUUCCUCCUUCAAAGGAUGUGGUUAAAUCUACUGAGGAAUAUUACUACACUGCAGAAUGGACUGAAGAAGAAAAGCAGAAGGGAAUGCACCAACACAGUCUCAAAUUUGCAGAAAACAGCCGCUCUGAGCGCGGCAAGCGUAUCUCCUCUGCGCCCACACCUCCAAACUCCACACCAGCACAGGUUUAGUUCCGAAACAAAAGCAUCUUAAUCCAAUAAAGAGAUGGGUGUCUAUGAGCUUAUUUGGUUUGUCUUGCUUGUUUUUCCUUAACCCUUCCGUUUGGAUGCUUAGAUGCAUCAAAUCUUAAUCCAUAUGGGAUUAUAGGGUUCAGUUUUAUUAGAGAAAGCCACAGAGAAAAAGAAAAGAAAGAGUUUCAUAUAUAUGGAAGUUGCUUACACUGAUACACAUAUGCUUAUAUGUAGAUUUAGCAAGAAAAAGAUGCUGAAUCCUCUAAUAGAUGAUGUAUGUCAAUAGUUUAUGAGCCGAUGAUGUAUGCCAACCAUUAAGAUGGAAUUCGCUCUCACACGCAAAGUAAAUAAGAAAUCUAAACUGAAAUUAUUUGAACCACUUAAGAUGGA